ACUUGGCGGGUGGGCUGCCGUCCAACUCCACAAGUCAAGUGGGACCGGACGACCAAUCACGUGCGCACACCAUUUAGACAAAUACUUGCUGUCCCCGCAGGAGAUCGAAGUUUUGAGACGAGCCAGGUUGUAUUACAUCAGCACAUCGCGUUUUUUCGGGUGUCCGGACGGGAGUAAAAGGGGCCCGUGCGGUCAGGUCUUCUCUUGAAGUCAGAGGAAGUCUCCGUGAAUCAGUAGACCCCAGCAUCCGGCGGCUGAAUGUGUACGAUACAGAACUUGUGAGGAAUUACUAGUAAUAAUCUUUCCAGUGGAACGCACGGAGGGUAUCGAUGUCGACAGGACGUUCCGCCGAGAGCUCGUGUUGACUGCUUGCGGUCUGUGUGUGCCCGAUCCACCGCCGGGCGUUGGGCAGAACAUACCAUGGUUCCCGUUGGCGUCUGGUGUCCACUCUUCAACUGAGGGUCGUGGAAAAAAGUGACGAACAAAAUCUACUUGUAAGACUUAGACAUCACCGCUGAGAAGAGAAGAGGAAAGUUUCAUUCCACGCAGGCCUCUGGGAUGUGAAGUUAAAACCAUGGCAAAAUUACAAGGUAGCCAGUGCACGAGAUUCGCGUGGAUUUUGUUGGUGUGUGUCCUGAACAUUGCGGACUGCUCUACCGGCUCGGUGGCGCUCGGCCGCCAUCUUUUAUCAGACGAUGACUCGGACGCGACUGACCACACCAUCGCUACCCUGACGGACUUCUGGCAGCGGGUCAAGGCGGCUGUGCAGGACACAGAGGUCAAACUGGACGACACGUCGCCGACAGAGCCGCUGUUCGGGAAAGAUGACGCCCCAAUCGGCCCCCCUCCCCAGACCAGCGCGCUCGCAAACGACAUCGUCACGCAGAUCCUCUCAGCGGUCGCCCAGGGCAACGAGCAGCGGGCCAGCAACGAGGAUCUCCUCUCCAACCUCACGGCCAGAGUCGUCAGCAUCGAAUCUGAACUUGCCCGUGUGAGAAAGGUCAACGACAGACUGCACGAUCAGGUCCGGAAUCUGACGGCCAUCAAGAAGGCGUCGCGCGACAAGCGCAGACGGCAUCACAGCUCCGUGGCUCGUCUCUCCCGCGCCAUCACCAGGCUGCAGGGCGAGCUGGAGAAGGAGAAACACCGCGUCAGGCGGUACGAGGAGGAGCUGGCCUUCAUGUCGGAGAGACAGGAGCGGCUGGAGGGCAGGAUCGCCGAGAUCACGCUCAUGUUCCGCGACCAGCACCCGCUACUGGACCCCGACCCCUCCGUCAAGGAAAUCAAGUCCGCAGACGGACGGUUGCUGUCCCCUCUACCCGAAGGAAGCAGCCAAGACAAGGCGGAAGACAAGAAAGACGGCGAAGACGCACACGGGGAAGACGAAGAAGACGACUAUUACUACGACUACAACGAACACACGGCAAGAACGCCAAAAGAACAGUAGGAAUACUACACUACCCGUCCGUCUAGCAUGUAGCAAAGAAAUUAUCAGAGAAAAUACGCUAUAAAACUUUGUUUCCACUUCGUCGUUAGCAGUGGCAGGUAUAUAUUACGUUCUGUGUUUGGCAGCUGAUGUAUCACAAAGAAAGAUUUGUAUGUAAAAGGUAGAUAAGAAUCGACAGACACUUGAGCCUGAGUGCUCCCCCGUGUGUAACAAAGUGGGCUCGACGUUGUACAAAGAUAUUAUCGUGAAACUGAUGUGUAUCUCGUUCCCAGGACGACAUCUCGUGACCAGAGUGUCUCACGCGUAGACCGUUGUAUACUUAAACUUAGGCCGUUUUGAUUUGAUUAUAUGGAUGACAUCCACGCGCGCAUAAAUUUUCCGUUAGCAAA